UUCGCUUGUGGCAAACUGUACGACAACGUGUGUCUGUAUUAAUGUUUUUGUGUCUUUUUUCUCACAAACUAACGAAUUCAUCGUAUAAUCGAACCAAGAAGAGUUGAUUGCGUGUGUAUAAUUGAUAUUAUUGCGCACUUAUAUAUUAUAUUAUAUUAAUUAUUUAAAAAAAAUUAGACUAUUAAUGGGAUAUUGUUGUAAAUUGAUUUUGUAUGACCGUCAUUUUCGGAUAUGGACAUAUUUAGUUGUGUAAAGGUGUUUUAAGUUCGGAAAGUGAUGAGAUCAGCUCCUCCUUAAGUCACACCCGACUUAAGGAGGAAUUAUUAUUUGCAGAUAAUUACAUUUUCUACGGGAUCUGACUUAAUCGACACAAUGCCUCCAUCUAAAGACUCUGCGUGCAACAAGAGCCAGUACAGUCGGUCAUUUAGCAGUGGUAACAGUGGCAUGAGCAUGUCUGCACGAGUGUACCACCCCGCCACCAACCUGAUGCCGCUCACACCACCCCACUCGCCCACAGGAAUAGCCCCAAGCUUCUCCACUUCGAGGUCCAACGGGACCACACCCGCGUGGGGGCGACAGAACAGUACCAAUGGGAAAUACUCGUGACGUGGUUGGAUAUUAUAGGUGUAUGGACCACCGCAUCGCGUAAUAACGUAGUGUUGAAAUACUUUUCGCUGUGUUAUUAGCUAAUAAAUAGAUUUAUCUUUAUCAUCGGUUACGUUUAUGUCCAUCCUCAAUCUGGUAGUUUCAGAUUUUAGCCAGUCUGGACCCGUAUGUCAUCGAACUUUGAUAUAAAUAAAAAGUGAUAUUUGAACAAAAAAAAAAUAUGACUUCAACGAAAAAGUGUCUCGAACUUCAACGAAAACUUGAAAGUCGGUCGCACUAGUCAAUUGUGACGUUAACUUUAAUCUGAUCACUCUGAUGUCUGUAUAUAAAAUGGCGUAGUUUUCGUUUAUCUGCGCAGGUCAAAGUUGACUGGUGCAACCCACUCUAAAAAGUAUUUUGCUUUCGAAGACAUUGAUAUAACGAGAGUUUCUAUUAUUAUAAAAUAAAUAUAUUUCAUAAAAUAAAAUAUACACGCGCUCGUACCGUGUACCGGACGUAAUAUAAAAAGGUACGUGCGCGUGUAAUCCCCGAGAAAUUAGGAAAUUUGAAAAAUGUCAACGCUCACACUAUUUUAUAAUGUGUAUAUAUAGGUUAAAACAUAUGUAAUAUUAUAAAUAAUCAAUGCAUUUAUAGUCGGUUGGUUUGUAGACAGAAGAUUUUUCACACACGAUAAUGAUUUUUUAUCUGUAUUUAUUUAAGUUAAUGUCAAAGUUCUCUUCUUUAUGAAUCUCAAAGAAAUGGUCAUUGUAAUUUGUGCAUGUGUAAUUUUCAUUAUAUUUAGUUAGUUUAAUUAAAAUAAAACAGGUUCGGUUUCAACAGUAAAUAACUUCAACCUGCGCGCAAUUACGCAAAGUACCUACGUCUCAUCGGCGGCGGCGGCGCGCUGGUUAAAGUCAAAGUUAACUGGAAUAACCGAUCCAUAAAUUAAGACUAUACGUUUCAAAGUAUAGACUUUCAACUAUAAUCUGUAGAUUAUGAAAUUAUAAUCAAAAGGCGACACAAAUAUCAAUGAUAAAUAUAACAAUCAAUCACCAACUGACUGAUAAGUUACUGAUUAAAAACUUUGUUUGGCCUGUCUAAAUCGUACGUAAAUAAUUAGUUAUUGUAUACUAAUUAACAUGUAAUUAUUACGUGCGUCCGUUCUUGACUUAUUUUUGUCUAUAUCUCUGGCUUCAGUAUCAUACUGCGGUGAAACCUGUACUAAAUUUUAAGUUAGACCAUUUGCUAUAAAAACUGCAUCAAAUUUUAUCCAGUACAUUUCACGUGACGGACAAGACAGACAGACAAGAAUAAAAAAAUAAUAAUUGUUUUACCAUAAACAUUUAUCCGUAAUACAUAUAUCUCCUUAAAGUUUUAUUAUAUGUACCUAUGGAUUGUAAAAUAUUAGUUACAAUAUUUGAAUAAAGACGACAUUUUUUGUUUUAUCUCUCUCUCUCUCUCUCUCUCUCACUUUUCCACCUAUAGAAAACUAGUAUGAUUUUUUAACUAUAAAUUUCCAUAUUUCUUUUUGUUCCAAGACACACGCCUACCUCAAUUGAUUUGGUAAAUUUAGUUGUAUUUAUAACAUAAUCAUUUUCAACCCCUAUUUGUUUUUGUAAAAUGCAUUUUGAAAGUUACCAAUUAUUUAGAUUGCAUAAUUUAGACAAUUAUUAUUGUAAAUAAUUUUAUGUAAUCCAAUGUGCGAAUGUAUGAUAUUAUGUAUGAAAUGUGGAAUAAAAUUUAGUUAAAUAUGUAAUUACUUAUAAUUUUGUUUUACUUUAGGUACAAAUUCAUUUACACUCUCAGGAUUAUAAUUACUAGCGAAUGUGUGGCUCAGUGGCCGUGGAAGAAGCACAGAUGAGAGAGAAAUCCCUGAAUAGUUUCAUUAGUUAUAAUAUCACCACUCUUGCCCGCGACUACGCCCGCAAAAAUUAGCACUGUCCAGCUCUCCAACUAUUUUUAUACAAAAAAAUCAUCUCAGUCCAAUGUUUUGAAGUGAAAAAAGACAAAUAA